GUCUGAUGCCCAUUCUGCCUCCCGACGCUUCCCCACUGAACACUCGCCUUGUCCGACUCUCGCCUGAGUGAGUCGAGAGGCGGUAUUAGCAUCAUCCCACCGACUGCUCAAACCACUCCACCGAAGCGUCGAAACCAUGGGUGAUGUCGAUAAGUCCGCCGUUACCCAGGCCGAGACGGUCAAGCCCCGGAGGCGUGGCUGCGUCGGGCACUGCGCUAGGUUCUGGUGGGCGUACCUGAUUGUCAUCGUGGUCGUCGUCGUCAUUGUCGUGCCAGUGGUCCUGCUGGUUGGCGUCCCCAAGAUUGCUCAACAGAAGCUGGAUGAUGCCGAGCUCAUCUUCGAUGGUCUCCUCGCCGUCAAUACGCAGACUCAGAACUUGACCAUGUCCAUCAACAGCACCAUCAAGACGGACGGCUCGGUUCAUGCCGAUAUCAAUGCCUUCCCGGGUGCCAUGUACCUCGAGGACUACCAGCCGCACACUCCCUUUGCUACACUCAACUUCCCCCCGACCACCGCCGACGCGCUUCAGACGGUCAACGUCACCCAGUUCCUCCCGAUCGAAAACCUCGAGGCCUUGACCAGGUACAACACCUGGCUUCUCGCCAACGAGACCCUCCGGGUGACCGUUCAGGGUGAUACCCACGUCCAUGUCAGGGGCAUAUCACGCGCAUACCCAAUCACGUUCAAGAAGACCCUUACCAUGAACGGACUCCGCGGGCUGGAAGGCACUGUGGUCAAGCCAACCUGGGUCUCUCUCCAAAAUGACACGAUGGGGAAUAACUUUAGGGCCAAUGUCUCCAUUCCCAACGCCUCGUUGGUCGAGUUUGAGCUCGGCAAUGUUACCUUCUACAACUACUUGCUGGGCAAGGAUGUCGGCACCGUCUACAUUGACAACCUGACGCUGCGGCCGGGCAUGAACGAGUACACGAUGCGCGCUACUAUCAGUAAUGCCGACGUCAUUGAAGUCCUCGGCCAGAAGCCGUAUUGCGAGAACGGCGGAGUGCUCCCCUUCCAGAUCCGCGGCAAGUCGGUUGUUAACAACGGCCAGCCGCUGCCCUACUUUGCCGACGCCCUGGCCGCUCACAAUCAGACGGUCGACAUCCCCAUCGGCGAGGCCGUCAAGACUCACCUGAACGUCACCAUCCCGUGCGGCGGUCUCGGCCACAAGAGAGCUCUGGACCUGUUUUAAUCGCAUACUAUGCUGUUUUCUGUUACUAUCUUUGCCUGGUACUUAUUUGCGCGGCGGGGAGAUACCAUUCUAAUAGGAGUAUAACGUGAGAUACUACAACUGAGGUUACGGGAGCACAUGGCACGAUGUGGAGUCAUGGUUGUGGACGACGGAUGCCCGGCUGCCAAGAGCGGCAGUCGGACGCGGAGUAUUCAUGCAAGGGCGGGCGGCGGCGGCGCUCUGAGCAGCAGCUGGCGAUGCAGUCUCGAGCUUAAUGGAUGAUGGGUGCAGUC